AUGGACGACCUCCUCCCCGACCUGACCGCCCUCGACGCGACGCACGCGCGUAUCGAGCAGAGAGUCCGCGAGAGCUCGCGUGACGUCUCCCCAGUAUUCCCACCACCGCCCGCCGCCGCAGCCACAUGGAGCGCUCUUGUAGAGCAGAGCGGCGAGAGCGAGGAGGGCGUUGUCACCAGCGGAGGCGUCGACACCGGCCGCGCCGAUGCGAACGACGUGGUCGGCGUGCGCCUGAGCCGCGACUCGGGCGGUCUCUUCCGGCUGGUGCUCAAGCGAGCCGAGUCGGGCGAGGUGUACAUUGGGGCGCUGCUGCCCUCCGACUCUGGUGACGGGCGCGCGCUGUUGCGGGAGGGCGAGGUCGUGGCUGCGAUCGACGGCCUCACGGCCGGGGCGGCUGGCUUUGAGGGGCUGUUGGCGCACGUCAAGGCGGCGGAGCAGAGCAUCUUGCUGGAGGCCUCGCUCGCCUGCACCUCCCGCCUCGCGCCUCCGCCCACGCGCCUCGCGACCCGAGGGGCGGUGCGGAUGAUAGGCUUGGGGCAAGAGGCGGCGGCAGGCGUCGCGUCCGCCGCAGUCGAGCGCGGAAUCGACCCGGCGGCGGCGGCGGGGCUGGCCGAGAAUUUGCACCGCAAGGGCGAGGAGAUGAAGCUGGGCUGGCAGAACGCGGCCACCCAGAUCGGAGGCUGGUGGCGCGACCGAACAGAGGCGGCGCAGGAGAAGAUCGAGGCGAUCAAGCAGGCGGCCUGGCCUGCCGGACGGCCCUCUUAA